CCCCUCCCCCGCUCCAGGAAGUGCGGGGGCUCCGGCGCCGGCCGCCGCGAUGCAUUCUGGGCCAGCAGCAGCACCAGAGCCAAGAUGGCGGCCAGCAGGAGGCUGAUGAAGGAGCUUGAAGAAAUCCGCAAAUGUGGGAUGAAAAACUUCCGUAACAUCCAGGUUGAUGAAGCUAAUUUAUUGACUUGGCAAGGGCUUAUUGUUCCUGACAACCCUCCAUAUGAUAAAGGGGCCUUCAGAAUUGAAAUCAACUUUCCAGCAGAGUACCCAUUCAAACCACCGAAGAUCACAUUUAAAACGAAGAUCUAUCACCCGAACAUUGAUGAAAAGGGGCAGGUCUGUCUGCCGGUAAUUAGUGCUGAAAACUGGAAGCCAGCAACCAAAACUGACCAAGUCAUCCAGUCCCUCAUAGCACUGGUGAACGACCCCCAGCCCGAGCACCCGCUCCGGGCUGACCUAGCUGAAGAAUACUCUAAGGACCGUAAAAAAUUCUGUAAGAACGCUGAAGAGUUUACAAAGAAAUAUGGGGAAAAGCGACCUGUGGACUAAAAUCUGCCGCGAUUGAUUCCAGCAAGUGUGAGCAGAGAUGCCGAGCAGUGCAUCCAGACACCCCACAAAGCAGGACUCUAUGGAAAAUUGACAUGUGCCACCGCCUGGCGUCUGCUUGUGGCAGUUACUAACUUUCUACAGUUUUCUUAAUCAAAAGUGGUCUAGGUGACCUGUAAAGAAAGGAUUAAAAAUUUAAGAUGUUCUAGUUCUGCUUUCUUUGUUUUAAAAAUCACUGCUUCAGUCUACUUUAAAAGAAUGGUGUUUCUUUUGCUGUCCAAAUUUAUCCAAAAUCUUCAGUUUACAUUUAGCCCAUAAGGUUAAAAAAAAGUUGUGGUUCCCCUCUUCCCCUGCCCUUGCAACUCCCACUUUUUGCAUUUAGUUUGUUUUUCACUCACUUCCCCAAACCCAGGCCCCACCUCCCGCCGGGAGGGGCAGUGGAGGCCUCUGCGGCUCCUCUGCUCCCCUCCUUGGCACGCGGCCUGGUGUGGGAGUCGGUUAAGUUUCUCUUGACUCUGAUUUAUAAUAUCCUUUUAAAAAAAUUAAAAAACAAGCAAACAACCAUCUCCACUCCCACCCCCUCCCAAAAACAAAGCUGUGGAAAGGGAGGCCUAGCUCUGCUGUAAAACUCUGGCUAAUGUUACCCCAGUAAUGCUGACCAGAUUGGCAGACCCUGCCGUCCGCGUCAUGAUGAACUCCACCUGGGCCGACCUGCUUAGGGAGACCCCCAGCACCAAGUCUGCGGCAGCCCCCAGGGGUGUGCCAGCCAGAGCACCGUGCACUUGUGGGAGGAAUUUUUCACCAGAGAGGCUCCCGAGGCCACAGGUUGCCAUUCCUCCCUGCAGCUGUUCUAGAAGAUGUCCAGGUCCCUGCGGACAGUGCUAAAGCCAGAGUGUCUACUUGAAAUUCCACGCUCACCUGUCACCAACGUGUCCACCCGACGUAGCUCAGAGCUCACCCUCUGCGUCCUCAGUGCAGCAGCCCCACCGCGGCCCUUCCUCAGCACGUUUGACCCUCUGGCAGACUCCUCUGUCACCGGCACCAGCCUGGGGUCGCCGGCGCCCCACUGGCCCUUCCUCUGGAGCAUCCAGACGGCCCAGCCCAGGAACAGGACGGCCUCCCCCCCCACUGGACUCAUGGCCUUCGCGGAGUCAGGCUCCACGUGAAGCUCACUCAGUAAUAUCCUUUACGUGUUUUAUAUUGUUUUGACUGCCUUUUUUUGUAGAAAUAAAAAUUGACCUUAGAAUUUAUCAUCAGA